UGGUUUUCUCCCUGGACGCUCCGGGCGCGGGCGAUUUGUACGUAAUGGCGGGCGCCUGGUCGCCGGAUUGCGGCGCAGGGUACUCCUGCCCUCGCCGUGGCCGUGACGGCAGGGCCAAGUGGAGCGAGUCCUCGUUGUUAGGCAGGCGGCUCUCGGAGGACUCGAGCCGCCACCAGCUGCUGCAGAAGUGGGCGAGCAUCUGGAGCUCCACGAGCGGGGAGGCGUCGGAGGUCGGGGCGGAGAAGGCGCCGCGCCAGGCGCCGGCGGAGGAGGAGGAGGAGAGGCCGCUCGUGUUCCUGUGCUCCGGUUGCCGGCGGCCGCUCGGCGACUCGCUGAGCUGGGUGACCAGCCUGGAGGACGCCAACUGCAUUCUGCUGCGCUGUGUUUCCUGUAACGUUUCUGUGGAUAAGGAGCAGAAGCUCUCCAAACGUAAAGAUGAAAAUGGCUGCGUCCUCGAGACCCUGUACUGUGCCGGCUGCUCCCUCAACCUCGGCUACAUAUACAGAUGCACCCCCAAGAGCCUUGAUUACAAGAGGGACUUGUUUUGCCUCAGUGUCGAAGCCAUUGAAAGCUAUGUUUUGGGAUCCUCUGAAAAACGGAUAGUGUCAGACGAUGAAGAGCUGUUUAAUCUUGAAAGCAGAGUUGAAAUAGAAAAGUCUCUAAAACAGAUGGAAGAGGUGCUGCAAGGCCUGCAGAAGCAGCUGUGCGAGGUGGAGUCAAAACUCUGCUCUCCCGGCUGCAAGAGCUGAGCGCUCAGUGAGCAGAGCUGGGGAGUUACCUGGACGGCUGUGUGUGGUGCUGAAGUGACUGUUCCCACGUUCAAGUGUUCCAGCCAUUUUACGGAAUUGAAAUUUAGGAGUUUUUAUUUUGGUAAGAAGCUAGGAUGGUUUCUGAACUGUUUUCUCCUCUGGUCAAAUUCCUUGUCCUCCAUUUCCUGUUUUUUUUAAGCUAACUCACUGCUGAUGCUUUGGCUCGUCCUAUGGAACAUUGAGAAAGCCUUGGAGGUUCCCGCAGCCGGAAUGGCCGAGCGCUCUCUGGGGAGAACGGACGCGCACGGCCCUCUGGGGAGACGUGCCGUGUGGGUGACUUUGUCCUGUUGAUUUACUGCUGCGGGCUACCAGUCUGGGAGACACGGAGUGCAGGUUGUCAGUGUGUGUGACGCAGGGCUUUCACAGAGAGAACGGGGUUAUUUGUAUAAUGGGAAAGAGAAUAAAGACGAAAGCACAGCGCCUUCAGAUUGCCUUUCACCCGGCAUCACAGAUCCCGGUGCCACAACACACGCACUGCUGAGCGUGGCACUGGGCACCGUGGCGGCCCCUUCCUGCUGCUGGCUAUGGACGGGGUGCUCUGCCUCUUCCUGGAACUUGAGAAGGCGUUCCCCAGAGGACGCUGGGUUCCUGAGCCCAUCACAGCACAGGGCCCACGUCCGGGGCUUGAUCAGUUCACCAGUACUGGGUUCUUCUUGUGACGUCGUCGAAACCUGCUAGUCCCACGUGGCACAAGCGAGCCCUCUCCGUCUCCUUGCUCACAAGCUCGCCGCCAGGUGGAACGUGGUGUCACGAAGGCAGCAUCAGUCCCUGCCGGCCGCCAGACGGCCGUCCAGCCUCAGGAAGCUUGCCGGGCCCCGGCGGCACCUGUGCGAAAGCUCGCUCUGAACAGGCGUGCCAGUGAGUUCACACUGGUUUCCACUAGCUCAGCGGUCAGUGCAGGGGCCACGCCCCCUAGUCCCGCGCACCUGUCCACCCUGGGCAGGCGGGGCUGUGUGCUGUUUGUAGCCAGCCACCCAUCACGAAGAGCGUUUCUAAUCUCCAUGGCGCUAAUUAACGAAGCCCUUAUUGGGGAGCACAAGAGAAACGUGGCUCAGGUUGCCCAUGUGGCUCCCUCCCAGGGGGACUUUGCUCCGCUCCCCACCCCUGCGUUCAGAUGUGUGCACCUCCAUGCUAGCCCACACCCGCCAUGCCACACGGUUGCAGCGAGCCAAGCCUCUGAAGGCCGGUCCCUGGACGGUCUCAGAGGGGCUGUCCUCAGCCUUGGCCUCCUGGGAUGUCCCUGCAGGAGGGGCUUUGCCGCUGCUGUAGGAGCGGGGUCUCUGAGGCUCCCAGACUGCCAGCCUGAGGGGUCUCCACCCAGAGCCUCCCCCUCUGGGGGCCCCUGCAGGACUGGUGCUCCUGGCUCUGUGUGAGGUCUCAUCCUAGGGACUGGUGCUGUGGCGGAGGAGGUAAGGCAUCCUUCGCGGGCGUCGGUUCAAGUCCUGGCUGCGCCACUUCUGAACCAGCUCCCUGCUGUGGCCUGGGAAAGCAGUACAAGAUGGCCCCUGCACUGUCAUGGGAGACCUGGAAGAAGCCCCUGGCUUUGGCUUGGCACAGCUCUGGCCGUUACAGUCAUCUGGAGUGAACCAGUGGAAGAAAGAUCUCUCUCUCUGCCUCUGCCUCCCUGUAACUGUGCCUUUCAAAUAAAUAACUUAAAAAAAAAAAAACCUGUCAUAAAUCUACUGUGGAUCUGUGGGGCUCCCACACGGCCACGCCAGCAUCCCCCGUGGGACAAGUGGCUGCCUGGGCAGGGCGUGCCCGCCUGCAGGGUUCUCUGCAGGUGCUGGGCGUUUACCACGGGCAAGGCCGGGAGGCAGGAGCCACGGCACAGCAGCCUCAGGCGCUCCGGGCCGAAGGAGCCUUGCAUGACGCUCCCUGCGCUUGCCUUUUGAGGGAAGGUCCCGGAUGGAGCAGUCGGAAAUGGGUGGGCGGCCUGGGGAGACUCCUGGGGGUGUGUUGUGGCUGUUUGCCCGAUCCUCCUGCAUCUGUCAGGGAGGAUCCGAUAGGAGGCUUUCCCAGGCGUGAGCUCCCCUCCCCUUUCUCCAGCAAAUGGAGCUCUGUGAGUUCCCGCACUGCGUCUGUAGCCAGCAGUGCAUGAGGGCGUGUGGGGCCGGGUGAGCCCACGGUCCCGCUGCCACCUCUGGCCCCUUGUCGGGCAGCUCUCGGCUCAGUCUCAUCCCUCCCUCUCUGUCCAUUGCUCCCCUAGCCGUCGGUGUCCCUUGCUUGCAUCACUAAUGUUUGGAUCCCUCUGCUGUAACCCGGUGGAUACCCUGUUGUGAAGUGUGUCUUCCCACGGCGGUCACUGCAAAGCGCACAGCACGGGUUCUCUCUGUCUGUGCCUGGAGGCCUUGAUCUGCCCAGAGUGGCCUCCUGCUCUGCCUCCCGUCAGAACUCCGUGCCUUCCACCUGCCCCUUUGCUCUAUGUGCAGCUCUAGCUUGUCCUCCACAGCCCUGCUCGAAUGCCACCUCCUCCAGGAGGCCCUUCCUGACUGCUCAGCAGGAAGUACUUUUCUCCCAUUUCAUUCCUGAUGCUCUGCCGGAUGUUCUUGCUUCAUGACUUGGGUUUUGCAUUCUGGUUUUAAGGGGACGUUUCCUGCAGGAGUAGAUUGGCCCUCCCCCCAACCCCCGCCCGCCAAAACCCAGCCUGUGCAACCUUGUACACUGGGGUACUUUUUAAGUGAGGAAAGUAGUUUUCAUCUCCUACCGGCUGUGUGGAUCAGUUAGUAUGGAGCUCCCCCCCCCCCCCAAUCUAAA